GUUGUCGGCGCGCUCUUGUCUGUGGCGCUUUACAGAACGGUUCGACUUAAGUGUUUACUUAUCGGCGUGUUUGUUGCGUGCGUGAUAAAAACAUUUGUAACUUACUCGCGGUGCUUUGUGAACUUUCCCUGCUUCAACCGCGCCCAAAAGCAAGCGAAGGGCCGUGAAUUUUCUAUUUGUUUGUCAUAAUUUUCAUUAAUUUGGUGUUAAAAGCAAACUAACUAUAACAAUGGCUGUGCGCGUCUUGGAUAUGCUAAAACUCACCUUUAAGGUACUCAGCUAUAAGUUUGAGCAACGAAGGCUGACCACGACACUCUAUUCGGUGGUUAAGACGAAGCUUGGCUCCGUUCGCGGCGUCAAGCGGAACACAAUUUGGGGCGGCAGCUACCUCAGCUUUGAGAAAAUACCCUUUGCCAAACCGCCAGUGGGUGAGCUGCGUUUCCGAGCCCCAGAGCCGGUUGAACCAUGGGAUCACGAACUGGAUUGCACAUCGUCAUGUGAGAAACCGAUGCAGACUCACAUGUUCUUUAGCAAGUUUGCCGGCACCGAGGAUUGCCUAUAUCUAAAUGUUUAUGCCAGGGAUCUGCACCCGGAAAAACUGCGUCCCGUGAUGGUUUGGAUUUACGGCGGUGGCUUCCAGGUCGGAGAGGCCACGCGAGACAUGUACAGUCCGGACUUCUUCAUGUCUAAGGAUGUGGUGCUUGUCACCAUUAAUUAUCGACUGGGUGCCCUAGGCUUUCUAAGUCUAGAUGAUCCCGAGGUCAAUGUUCCUGGCAAUGCGGGGCUUAAAGAUCAACUGCUGGGACUGCGCUGGGUGCAGCAGAACAUCGAAGCUUUUGGCGGUGAUCCCAAAAACGUGACUUUGUUUGGCGAGAGUGCGGGUGGAGCUUCGACUCAUCUGCUCUCACUGAGCCCGCAGUCAGAGGGAUUGAUUCACAAGGCGAUUGCGAUGUCAGGCUCGGCGCUGUGUCCUUGGGCACUUCCACCCCGGAACAAUUGGGCACUUCGCUUGGCCGAGAAGAUGGGCUAUACGGGCUCUCCUAAGGAUAAGGAGAUCUAUAAGUUUCUGCGUGAUGCCAAGGGUGGUGACAUUGUUAAGGCAACGGCCCUGGUACUUAACAAGGACGAGAAACAUAAACGCAUAUUGUUUGCUUUUGGUCCGGUCGUCGAACCCUAUAAGACCGAGCACACUUUGAUUGACAGCCAACCAUUUGAGCUAAUGCAGCAAACCUGGAGCAAUCGAGUGCCCAUGAUUAUUGGCGGCACCAGCUUUGAGGGUUUACUCUUUUAUCCAGAGGUGAUGCGACGACCGGCUACGUUGGAUGAGGUGGGCAACUGCAUAGAUGUGCUGCCCCUUGAUUUGGGUGGCAGUCUGGAUCCAAAGUUGAGAGAGAACUAUGCAUUGCAACUGAAGCGAGCUUACUUUGGGGAUGAACCGUGCAAUAAGGAAAAUAUGAUGAAAUUCUUGGACCUAGAAUCCUAUCGCGAAUUCUGGCAUCCCGUCUAUCGUACAGCUCUUUCUCGACUAAGACAUGCCAGUGCUCCCACUUAUGUGUAUCGAUUCGACUUCGAUUCCAAGCUUUGCAACGCCAUACGCAUUGUGCUCUGUGGCAAGGAUAUGCGUGGUGCGUGUCAUGGCGAUGAUAUGUGUUACCUUUUUAACAGCAUGCUGUUGCAUCAAUCGGAGGUAGGCUCACCAGAGUACAAGAUCAUCAAAACCAUGAUCGAUGUCUGGACGAGUUUUGCGGCCAACAGUGAUCCCAAUUGUGAGAGCAUUAAGGAGCUUAAGUUUGCACCCCUUGGGGAUGAGACAGACAUUCAAUGCCUGAAUAUUAGUGAGCCGAUCGAGGUAAAGACAUUGCCCGAGCAGGAGAAGUUGCAGCUCUGGAAUAGCUUCUAUUCCAGGAAUAAACUGUAAGGCGCGGAUAGACUUAAGCUCUCAGUCUUUUUUUGGUUUUAUAGCUUUGGCUUGCACUCUUAGGGCCGUCUUUUUCGCAUAUACUCUACUCGUAUGUAAAUAUUUUGUUGUAAAUGUAAAUAUGUUGUUUUAAUAUGUAUUUUAUUCUGUUAAAUUCCAGCUUAGUCUUAUUUAUUAUUGUUACCGAGUUGUAUUUUGUGGAAGGUUGUCCACGUGGUUUGGUUUAUCAGCUGCAAAUAUACGUAAACUUUAAACAAGCAAAAUAAAAUAUAAAUUUAAUUUAAAGUA